AUGACUACUAGCACACACUACUGCGAAUCCAGAUCACCUACUUCGUUUCGACGAUGCGUCGUCUGUGGUUCAAAGUCAAUUGGAAUAAACUUCGGUGUUCAAUCUUGUGCUCCUUGUAAAGCCUUUUUCCGACGAAAUGCAAGACGAAAGGAACUUCUGGAACUACCGUGUCGACACCGUGAUCUGAGUAGUCUGUUGGAAAAUGAGAAUGAAGCGAAUGGAAGGUCAAUGCGUUAUCUACAAAUUCGUCGAUGUUCAUCAUGUCGGUUGCGUCGAAGUUUUGAGAUGGGUAUGAAAGAAGAACUGGUGCGGACGGAUGAAGAAAAUGAACGGUACAGACAAAUGCUUGAUGUAAAUCGACGACAACGAGAAUUGUUGAAAAAACAGCUUCAGGAAAUUAAAGAAAUAUCUGUUCCGCGGAGCCUAUGUCAAGUUGCACAAAAAGGUCAUAUCGAAAAUUACAUAAUCAAUGAUAUUGACUUGUUGGCAGAGAUCGAUUGGUCACAUCUCUCAAAUAUUUCUUAUGCAUACGAUUCAUGUUGUGUCAAAUCUUAUGUCCGACAACGUACAGCAACAAUUUUCAAUGGAACAUCAAGUGUUUCAGAUAAUCAAUCAAUCAAUAUUUAUCCUACAGUUGUUACAACGAGUAUCGUUCUAUCGGUCUCAUCCUUUCUCAAGUCAUUACCAGCUUUUUAUUCUCUCCCGCGAGUUAUUCGUAAUUACCUUUGCAAAACAAAUAUUCGACCUUUGAUCUUCCCAAAUAUCUAUGAACUUCAACAAUGUUGUUACCACGAGCCGUGGCAGGCAGCUGUUUUCAAAGCAACCUGGCAACUGAUGUGUGGUCCACAGCUUUAUCCACAAUUUCAGCAAGCAGAACUAUUAGCCUCAAAGAGUUUAGUCACUGAUCCGAUCGCGACCCGCCUGUUUUUCAUCAUUCUAUUCUUCUCCACUCCUCUUCAUUAUCACCAAGACAGUGCAACACCAACAAAAGUUCUUAAGAAGAAGCGACCUGUCACUAACACUCAAAAUGCAUACAUCACUCUCCUGUGGAAGUAUCUCUCAUAUCGGUAUGACGAACUGCCACAAAAGUUAUUAAUCAACAAUAAUCUAUCGACGUGCAUUCGACAACUAGUCAAUGAAAUAAUGAUUUUCUCUGAUGACACAAUGGCUAAUGCUCUCACGAGCAAGGCACUUGAAUCAAUGACUACUAGCACACACUACUGCGGAUCCAGGUCACCUACUUCGUUUCGACGAUGCGUCGUCUGUGGUUCAAAGUCAAUUGGAAUAAACUUCGGUGUUCAAUCUUGUGCUCCUUGUAAAGCCUUUUUCCGACGAAAUGCAAGACGAAAGGAACUUCUGGAACUACCGUGUCGACACCGUGAUCUGAGUAGUCUGUUGGAAAAUGAGAAUGAAGCGAAUGGAAGAUCAAUGCGUUAUCUACAAAUUCGUCGAUGUUCAUCAUGUCGGUUGCGUCGAAGUUUUGAGAUGGGUAUGAAAGAAGAACUGGUGCGAACGGAUGAAGAAAAUGAACGAUAUAAGCAAUUAGUCGAUAUAAAUCGACAAAGACGAGAAUUAUUGCGACAACAACUACUGGAAAUGAAAGCAUUGCCUAUUCCUCAGUGUAUUUUCGCCAAUGCGGAACUGUCACACGAAAUAGACUGGACUCAUCUCUCGAACAUUGUCUAUGCAUAUAAUUCAUGCUGUAUUCAAACCUAUGUUCGGCAACGCACAAGUGUCAUAUUUAAAGAUCAUGCGUCAACAAAAUCUGAUCCUCAAUUGAACAGUGUUUGUCCAACCUCUGCUGCUAUGAGUAUCGUUCUAUCGGUUUCAUCCUUUCUCAAGUCAUUACCAGCUUUUUAUUCUCUCCCGCGAGUUAUUCGUAAUUACCUUUGCAAAACAAAUAUUCGACCUUUGAUCUUCCCAAAUAUCCAUGAACUUCAACAAUGUUGUUACCACGAGCCGUGGCAGAUGGACGUCCUCGAAGGUACUUGGCGAAUUAUGUGUGGUCCACAGCUUUAUCCACAAUUUCAGCAAGCAGAACUAUUAGCCUCAAAGAGUUUAGUCACUGAUCCGAUUGCGAUCCGCCUGUUUUUCAUCAUUCUAUUCUUCUCCACUCCUCUUCAUUAUCACCAGGACAGUGCAACACCAACAAAAGUUCUUAAGAAGAAGCGACCUGUCACUGACACUCAAAAUGCAUACAUCACUCUCCUGUGGAAGUAUCUCUCAUAUCGGUAUGGUUCGAUGGAGACAGUUCGAAUCUAUACACACUUGGUUCAUGUAUAUAUAAAAAUGCAGACGGUGGGAUUCGGAAUCUACACUCGGCUGGCAACACAGAAGAACUUGAUGCCGACGAAUGAAACACUGAACAAACUAGUCGCAAUAGAUGUUCAUGAGGUUCAAAUCAGUUAG